AUGGCGAGUGUCUUAUCAAGGAAGUAUGACCUGAUGGUGUUGAUUGAUAAGAAAGUGCAUGAGAGUGGUUGGAACUUGGUUUUGAGGAAAAUUUUUGGGAUUGGUUUUAAUGGUCCUUUUUUGGCUGCCAUGAGGCUUCCACUUCAGAAUAAAUUGCAAGCAUUCCUUGCACAGUCUCUUCAAAUUCAAGCUAAGAAAUUCAAGACUAUGGUAGUAGUAGUGGAUGCUAGUUACUUAGCUAGGCUUUGGAAACACUGGAAUAAUCCUAUUCCUAAUAAGGUCAAAGAUUUGAUUGGAGAGUCUAUUACAAGCUGUGAAGACGAUGGGGAAACUUCAAAUCACAUGGAUAAGAAACGUUUAUUUUCUAAUGAACUUGUUGUGGUUGUGGGUGCUGGAGCAACUACUAUUUUAGGAGCUUCAUCUCUCACCAAACUUCUUCCUACAUCAACCUUUAUGAAGGAUGUAACGUUUAAAUUUCUUAUUUUGCUUAAGCUUUUUCUGGCCCAAGCCCAGAAAGCAAUUGCAAUAGCUUUAGGCAACGCUAAAGUGUUCGCCCCAGGACUGGCAACUUCUGGAUCAAAUACGUAUUUCUUAAAGGUAGUAACUUCUGCUGAGAAAAUUCAGCUUCUUGUACUUGAUGUAGCUCAAGCUCAAGCUCAAGCUCAAGCUACUACAUCUCCUCGUGAAGUGGCAGCAUUGAAUAUAAUUUUUAAAAAAUGGGGGAUUUCUGCAAAUCAAAAUCAAUGGAAUAUAAGUGGAGAGCCAUGUAGUGGAGCCGCCAUUGACUACUCCAUCGACCUUCAUACCGAUGGUUACAGCCCAUUUAUCAAAUGUGAUUGUUCUUACAACAAAAACACUCUUUGCCACAUUAUCGGGAUGAGUGUUUACACAGUGGAAGUUGACGGUGUGAUCCCAGAUGAGCUGAACGUGACUGGUAAUAGCUUUUCAGGUUCACUUUCUCCAUCUAUGGGUAAUCUAACUGCAUUAAAAAUCCUGGACUUUAGCGUUAAUAGAUUUUCUGGGCAGCUUCCAAAAGAGCUUGGGAUGCUCUUUGAAUUACAAGCCUUAAAUAUUGGAAGAAACAAUUUCUCUGGUCCUCUGCCAUCUGAGCUUGGUAAUUUGACGAAAUUAAAGGACUUAUAUAUAGACAGUGCUGGAGUAAGUGGUGAGAUUCCUUCAAGUUUUGCAAAUCUAAAGAACCUAGAGUUACUGUGGGCUUUUGACAAUGAAUUUACAGGAAGGAUCCCUGACUUUAUAGGAAACUGGCCAAAUAUGGAAGAAUUAAGAUUUCAAGGAAACUCUUUUCAAGGGCCAAUACCGUCAUCCUUUUCCAAGCUGACAAACCUGACAGAUUUGAUAAUAAGCGAUUUAUCAAAUGGGAGCUCAUCGUCGUUGGCAUUUAUAAGGAAUUUGAAAUCUUUAACUACCUUAGUACUAAGGAAUAACAAAAUUUCUGAUUCAAUUCCAUCUAACAUCAUUGACUACCAGAGUUUGCAGCAUUUAGAUUUGAGUUUCAACAAUAUAAGCGGACAGAUUCCUAUCUCGCUUUUCAGUUUGAGUUCACUGGCUUACCUGUUUCUUGGAAAUAAUAGGUUAAAUGGUACCCUCCCUGCAGAGAAAAGUCCAAAACUUCUCAAUAUAGAUGUAUCUUACAAUAAUCUAUCUGGCAGCCUGCCAUCUUGGAUUCAACAACAAAAUUUACAAUUUAACUUAGUGGCCAACAACUUCAACCUAGAAAGUUCUAAUUCCAGCAGUGUUCUCCCAUAUAGCUUGAACUGUCUCCAACGCAAUUUUCCUUGCAAUCGAGGUUCUGGAAUCUAUUCGAGCUUUGCAAUUAAUUGUGCCGAUCAAACAAUUACAUCUCACGAUAUUGUGUAUGAGAGUGACAUUGAGCCUCUGGGUCCUGCUACAUACUAUUUGACAGACACAAAUAGAUGGGGAGUUAGUAAUGUUGGAUACUUUAUUGAGAAUAAUAAUUUACAGUAUAAGAUUAAUUCUGCAUCCACAGUCACAAAUACUCAAGAGCUGAGACUUUUCCAAAGUGCUCGAAUCUCUGCUUCAUCUUUAAGAUACUAUGGUUUAGGCCUUCAAAAUGGAAAGUACACUGUGACUCUCCAUUUUGCAGAAUUAGCUAAUUUAACGAGCAAAUGGGGGAGGCGUGUUUUCGAUAUAUAUCUUCAGGAAAAUCUUGUUGAGAAAGACUUUGACAUAACAAGGGUAGCGGGUGGAGUCCUUGGAAGAGCAGUUCAAAGAGAAUAUCUGGCUCAGGUAUCUGAAAACUACAUGGAAAUCCACUUGUUUUGGGCUGGGAAAGGGACUUGCUGUAUUCCUGACACUGGUACAUAUGGACCCUCUAUUUCGGCCAUCAGUGUUACCCCAGAUUUUGAACCAAGUCAAAUCACUGAGAAGAAUAGAAUAGGCCUAAUUGUGGGGAUUAUUGUUGUACUUGGGGUUGUAUUUCUGUUACUUGCAAUUUUCUUCGUUGUCCAAAGAAGAAAAAGGCCACAGAUGGUUGAUAACGAGCUUCUCGACAUGGAUGUUAGACCAUACACUUUCAGUUAUGUGGAACUAAAGACUGCUACAGAAGACUUCAGCUCUGCAAAUAAGCUUGGAGAGGGAGGAUAUGGAUCAGUUUAUAAGGGAAUACUCAGUGAUGGAAGACUAAUUGCUGUGAAGCAAUUAUCUAUAGCAUCUCGCCACGGGAAGAGCCAGUUUACUGCAGAAAUUGCUAUUAUAUCUGCCGUGCAGCAUCGUAACCUAGUAAAACUUCAUGGAUGUUGUUUUGAGAGAGCACAACGAAUCCUUGUUUAUGAAUAUCUAGAAAACAAUAGUCUUGAUAAAGCAUUAUUUGGAAAAGGAAGUUUGCACCUUGAUUGGUCAAUGCGUUAUAAUAUUUGUUUAGGAGUAGCAAGAGGUCUAGCUUAUCUUCAUGAGGAAUCGAGGCUUCGAGUUAUACAUAGAGACGUGAAAGCCAGUAAUAUUCUGCUUGAUGGUAAUCUCAUCCCCAAAAUAUCAGAUUUUGGUUUGGCAAAACUUUAUGAUGAUCAGAAGACUCACAUAAGCACUCGUGUUGCAGGGACAAUUGGAUAUCUUGCACCAGAGUAUGCCAUGCGUGGAUAUCUUACGGAGAAGACUGAUGUGUUUGCCUUUGGCAUUGUGAUUCUAGAGGUUGUUAGUGGGAGGCCAAACUCGGAUUCAAGCUUGGAAGAAGAGAAGAUGUAUCUUCUUGAUUGGGCUUGGCAUCUAUAUAAGAACAACCGCCAGCUAGAACUAGUGGACUCAAAAUUGUCUGAAUUCUGUGAGGAAAAAGUAAAAAGCCUAAUAGGAGUAGCUCUUUUGUGUACUCAGACAUUGCCCUCCUCAAGGCCAUCAAUGUCUCGCGUGAUUGCUAUGCUUUGUGGAGAUAUGGAAGUAAGUACAAUAAAUUCUAAGCCUGGAUACUUGACUGAAUGGGCAUUUGAUGAUGUGACUACCUUUGUUAGUGAUGAUAUAAAUGAAGAAUGUGAAGAGGCUAGCCAUUACAUCUCGUCAACAAGGUUAAGUACAACGGAUAAAACUCCAGAAAUAAGUGUUGCUGAAGCCCGGCUCCAUUGA